AUGCAACAAGCUACACGACAACCUUCACCAGAUGAUUCGACGGACGACGAAAGGGAGCUAGACGUCCACCCGGCCCCAGAUCCAGCGCCUGGGCAGUACCGCGCCUACUGCAUUGUCGAGGCGAGGUGCAGAUUAUGCCAGAUUGCGGUGCAAGAUGGGGAUUUGCUUGUGGCAGAUCUCGGAGGUGGCAUCAUUUCGCCGUGGUUCACCUUUGUGAACGACGGAGACUGCACCGACGAUGAUCUCAAGAUCACUUUGCACAUGACCUUGUCUGACCGGUCAUCUCGUGACUUCAUCAUAGAUCAGAACGACGUACCACGUCGAGCAAUAUGCUUUCAUCUCGACUGCCAUCAAGCCCGCGGUUCUUGGCAACACAACAAAACACAUUUUCUAGAAGCGACACGAUAUAGCUUCCGGCCCAACCUCUCCGAGGAACGACGCCGCCUAGAAAAAAACCGGUUUGCCCUAGCAUUCAAUUUGCAGUUUUCUCUCAGUAGACAUGGCGACCAACCUUUACCAGCACUUCCUCUUGACAUAUGUCUCAUGAUUGCUGGCCUUUUGGAACGGCCUUUUGCCAUGAUGGCAAGCGUUGGCAGCUCACUCUACUGGAACCCAACCUCCGAUACCACAGUGAACUUGGCUUUGCCAUUAUAUGCAUCAUACAUGAAGCUGGACGGGCGACAUUAUAUCCGAGAACUUUGCAAUGAGCCCGAUCAAGUUACGGGCAACCAAGUCAACGGGUCUCAAAGACUGAUAGUCCCUGCUGGCCAGAAAGGCACAGAUGAAUCUAGCCAUGGAGACAUUCUAGUUGCUGUGGAUCACCUCGGUGUCCGACAAGUCUUCUUCGUUCCUCCUGGGAAGCGACUUGAAUGGCAAAAGAGGCAUCCUGAAGUUCCUGGGGCUUGGUGGAUGCAUAUCUCAAGACCUACCGAAGAUGAUUACUGGACCAGCUGCAGUGAUGGAGCCAAAGUUCGGAAGUUGAAACGUCCCAGGGGUAUCUCAAAGCAGAAAAGGCCGUUAGUCUACUGGAAAGAUCCAGUUCUCUCACCUCCUAAUAUCAUGGAGCUGCCCUUGCGGCAGGCAUGGGAUCUGGAAAAGCCCAAAUCAUUGCCUCCAGCUGUUUACAUGAGACAUGUUGAUCUCAACCGGCACGACACUUCGGGACUCUGCGUGAUAAUGCGCACCGUCAACUCGAAAGUACAUUGCGUCCUUGAGGGAAUUGUGCCUGACCGUGAAAACACCGGAAAAGGCCCGUCCGAUGGCUUGGACACUGCUUUUCUUGAUAGCGUGUCUCUUGAACGGUCGUCUUACUCGCUCUAUAUGCCUCUGAAAAGGGGCGAACGUGUGACUGAGAUAUGGGCUCGAUAUAUUGUCCUACCCAGGGGUGCGACCUGUAAUAGAAAGAUUAGUGGACCCGACGGUCGCUACAAUCAUUGCGAGGAAGUCAUCCGGGGAGUUGUGGUGAGUCAAAUCGUAUCCUUCUAUGCUUACGAAAGCCUGGCGCCCAAUAUCCCAAGAGGUCUCAAAACUAACAAGCCACAGCUCUUCACCAACCAAGGACGAUCUCGCGUCUUUGGCAUGUUUGGGGGCCUCCAAGAUAUCCAAUGGCGACGCAUUGCUUACAUGCCCUCGAACCUACCGUGCCGCAUACAUUUCGAGCAAUUGAGUUUGGGCCGCCCGAGCUGCUACUUUAACCAUUUCUAUAACCGGCUGCAGUGGUCCGGCGAUCAUCGAUUGCUUUUUGCAACAGGGGGUGAGAUUGAUGGCAUGGCGCCCGCCAUCGUUGCAAAAGACAACAGUUACCCGCCGCCGAUGCCAUCUUAUCUUUCCAUCAGCCCUCAAAAAGUUUCGCACGACUUUUACUCGGACUGGUUUUAUACGUCAUGCUCUCUUGAAAACAUGGCAGAGCUACGACUUUGCAUAGACCGCCGUACGGCAGCAUCGCCGGCACCGGUGGUCAUGGGUAUGGUGGUCUGCUACGUCGAUGGCGGUCGUGCCUGCGUAGGCCAGUUCCGUCCGGACUGGGUGCAGCGUCCAACGCUGCAGGUUGAUGUUGUGGAUUCGCUGCAUUUUUAUGUAAAAAGAGUCGAGGGUGAAGCCCGCGGACGCCUGUCGAGCAUUACGAAUGUGCCACCGUCGCAGCCCUCCCGGAUUGAAGGUGAGCAUUUGGUCACUUUGCCCCCGGAUGGGGUUUUGGAAUGGUGGUUCAAGCAGGAUCGGAACUUUUUGCUUCAUAAGCGCACGAUUUUCGAGACUGGAACGGGUUUAGCCUGA